UCCGUGACAGAUUUAAUAGGCACGAUAUGGCAAAAAGAACUUGUUAUGUAUGGGAUCAAAAUUUAUUAGAACAAUGUGAUCGUUUGCCUGCUGUUACUAACAGAGCUUCUAUGAUACAUAGUCUUAUUACAGCAUAUGAGCUUACAGAAAAGAUGCAAAAUGUAAAUUCUGUUCCAGCAACAGUUGAAGAUUUAAAAUUAUUUCAUACAGAAAGGUACCUAGAUCAUUUAAAAACCCUGGAAGUUAUUGAUGAAGAUUACAUAUCUCAUACGCAAGAUGAAGAGUUCGGAAUUGGAUAUGAUUGUCCGCCGGUAUGCGAGAUGUACAAGCUUGUAUCUGUUAUUGCUGGAGGCUCCAUAACUGCCGCAAAAUGUCUGCUCCUAGGCAUUGCAGAUGUAGCGAUCAAUUGGUGCGGUGGAUGGCACCAUGCACAGAGGUCUGGUGCAGAAGGUUUUUGUUAUGUUAAUGAUAUAGUGUUAUGUAUAGAAAAGUUGAAACAAAAAUUUCAAAGAGUCCUCUAUAUUGACUUAGAUGUUCAUCAUGGUAAUGGUGUCCAAGAUGCAUACAACUUAAGUAAAUCAGUGUUCACACUGUCAUUGCACAAAUAUGAGGCUGGAUUUUAUCCAGGAACCGGCUGUAUAGAUGACAUAGGCACUCUAACUGGCAAAGGGUUCAUGUGUAAUGUCCCACUGUAUGCAGCAUACUGUGAUGAUACAUUUGAAUAUGUGUUUGAAAAAAUAUUUGAGAAAGUAUAUGAAAAGUUUGAGCCAGAAGCUGUAGUUGUACAAUGUGGGGCCGACGCACUCGCAAGGGAUCCAAAUGGUGGUGCUGGGUUGACAACAAAGAGUUACUGUAAAUGUAUUAGGGAUGUAUUGAAUAAGAAUAAACCUACAGUUCUUUUAGGUGGAGGAGGAUAUAAUCAUAGCAAUGCAGCAAGACUUUGGGCUUCUAUCACAGCAUUAGUUGUUGGAGUUGAUUUAGAUGAAAAUAUACCUGAACAUGAUUAUUGGCCACAGUAUGGACCUGAUUUUAUGCUCAAUAUUCAUCCAUUACUGACCAAAGAUGAAAACUCUAGGAAAUAUCUAGAUCAUUGUAUAGCAAGAAUUACAGAUAACUUAGAAAAACAUCUGAGCUCAAAUACGCGCCAAAAACACAAGCAAUGCAAUCAUGAUGCAAUAGAAGAGGAUAAUAGUGAAAUUGUGCAUAUGAGUAAUCAAUUCAAAAAAUAUAAGAUGACACUUUACCAUAAUAACAUGACUAAUACAGAAAUUAGUGAUACCUCCAAGACUGAUGUAUAUAAUUUUAUUGAAUAAAUGUAAUAUGUAAUUGU